UCUUGGGGGCGGUAUCUUCUGGUGGCAAAACAUCAUUAUUGUGUUUCUCAUUUUUUGUAACUCGGGAAAUGGAUAGACUAACUUGAAUGAAUCAUAGAGCAAGGAGCUCCAAUAAUGGACACUAUGGGAAAGUACGAUGCAGACCGCUUCUUCACCGCACCAGAUCCAGAUCUAAUCUGUUGCAUCUGCAGGUGUGUCCUCCAUAAACCCCUAGAGAGUACCUGCCAGCACGUCUUCUGCAAGGUAUGCAUCCAAACAUGGCUCGUCAACCACCGCAGCUGCCCAAACUGCAGACAGCGACUGAGCACUUCGGGUCUCAAGCCGGUGCUGCCCAUCGUGCGCAACAUGAUCAACCGUCUGCUGAUUAAGUGCGAGAACAUCUCCAACGGCUGUAUUAAGAGAAUCAGCCUGGAGCUGUACGCAAACCACAUUAAGGAAUGUGACUACGGACUCGUCGGCUGUCUCAACUCGGGCUGCACUAGGAACAUUCUACGGAAGGACAUGAUGAAGCACGAGAAAGAAUGCCUGCAUCGACUGGUGAAGUGCAAGAAAGGUUGUGGAUUGCCGAUCAUCGUUGCCGCCAUGAGGGAACACAGCUGCAUACAAGAACUCAAGAACAACAUGCAGACAAUGGAAGAUGGCUUCAACAAACGUUUGAAAGAAAUGGAGAACAGAUUCUACCGCGACUGGCGUGAAGUUGAGUUUCGAGUCACAUCUAUAGAGCGUGAGCUGGACGAUGGCUACAGACGCAGCAGAAGUCAUAGUGAGGGCCCCAGUCAUAGCAGAAGUCCAAGCCGCAGCCCUGUCUAUGAAGAAGAGGACUACCACAUCCAUGAUGACGAGGACUACGCAAGUAGAAGCAGCAGUUUGAAUCACAGUGAAAGAGGAAGUCUACAUGAUUCGUACCCGUACUCUGAUCAAGACCUGGGGGAAGAGAGGUCGGACGUCUGGAGUGAAGACUUGGAGGAAAGAGAAAGAUCCUUUUAUGGAAGCGAGAGAGACUCUGAAGAAUUAUAUGAAGAUGAAGAAGAUAAUGAUGAUGAUGACGAAGUUCAGCAGCCAACACACGUCACAAGCACUGUAAGAACAGCGUCUUCAGGGGUUCAGACGGAUGACGUUGCAACCACCUCAAAUCCAUCAAGUAAUCAGCCACGUGACCGGAUUCAGACAAGGAGGACAAGCCAGAACCAAGAACGCAGAGAACCAAGUACGUCCGCAUCUCAAAGCCAGCCUGAACUUGUAUCACCCGAAUCCCCAACUCCUCAGCUGAACACCAGGCAGUCUACACCUGUUGUCAGUCAGCCAGUGGCAGACACCCCCUUGUCCCCUCAAGCUUCACAGCGAUCCGGUGCUCCCAUCACUAGCCAAGGUAGAACACCAGCAGCUCCAGUGGGCGACACACCUACGGGGUCUCUCUACGGUGUGACUGUCGGUGAGACAGAUUCUGAUGAUGUGGAAUGGCAGCCACAAAGUGGCAAUGCCUCGAGUGACCAUUGGUCGACAGAUGACGAGGAUGAGGGCGAUGGAGACAACAGCAGCCUGGAAGGAUCUGGCAAUGAAAGUAGCGGUGAUCAGCCAGGGACUAGUGAUGGGCGGAGAGAGGCUGCUCCCCCUGCCACCAGUCAGCAAGAAGCUAUUCAAUCAGUUCUUACCAAAGUAAAUGACGUCAUCAGGAUGUUCAACGGUGUAGUGCCUGAAUCCAAUGAGCCAACACACAGAAGCCGUCGUCGUCGUCAUUCCCCAUCAUCCAGCAGCAGCCAUGAGAGCAGUAGCAGCAGCAGCAGCAGCAGCAGCAGCAGUAGCAGCAGCAGUGAAUCAGAAGACUCGAGCAGUACAUCGUCCACUUGGAAUGGUGUUCGGCACAUUAAAAGAGCUCGGACAAAGUAGCUGACAGGUUGACUAGACUACCCUUAUACCCCCUUCGAUCAUGAAGAAGAGACUUCUUGAUCCUCUCCAAGCCCGCUCUGAAGGGUCUUUCGGCCAAAAGUUAUAUUAAAGGCAAAGUAUUCCUUUGGUUUUUUGAACCAUUCAAUUGUUUUAACCCUGUGUACUGUAUGUAUACAAUUAAACCAACAUGUGAAAAUUUCAUUUCACAAGGCAGUUGUGUUUUUGAUAUUCAUUGAAAAUCCGGAGUAAUUACAAUUGGGAAUACAUGAUCUGAGAAGCGUAACUGACAGUAAUGGUUCUCAGAUUUAAUUUUGAUAUUUUUUUAACAUACCACAUUACUUCAAGGUGAAACACUCUCAAUGCUUUAUAUCAAAAGCUGCUGUGGCUUUUAACCAAAAGUUGGUAUACUGCCAUUCAAUUAAAGAGCGAUACCCCAACUUAACCUUUCUUUUCACAAGAAAAGUUAAUUAAUUUGAGGUUGAACAAAGAGCCCCACAUUAAAGCUAGUAUUCUUAUUUGGUAGAACUCCAGCAUCUGGAGGUUUCGGGUUCAACUCCCACUCUAGUAAAUUUUUCUUCUUUCAACCCCAAAUUAUUUAAAAAUUACACAGAAAUGUAUUACUUGAUAUUUGUAAAAGAAAAUUCAUAUCCCCUUUAAAGGUGAUCCCUAUGCUACCACUUCUUCUCGUGUCUGGCUGCUCAAAUGCUAUCCCUGCAGUCUUAUAGUUGGCACACUGAAGGGUAGUGUCAGUAGCCUUAGCAAGGGCCCAAUUUCUUAGAGCUGUUAAGCAGAAAAAGUAGCUUAGCAGAAAAACAUUAAGCUUACCAAAAUAAAGUUACCAGCCAAUAAUCAUGUCACAUAAACAAUAUCUUGCCUGUUCUCUGCUUAGCAGACAAUUGUUAAGCAAUAUUCUCUGCUUAAACAGCUCUAUGAAAUUGUGCCCAGGUUAGGAGAUGAUUCAUGGUAUGCUGCUCUUUGAUUCACAUGUCUCGGGACCUCAAGUAUAUCCCCAGUUUAACAGUGCCCAAUUUCAUGGAUAUGCUUAGCCUAAGCACAGAAACGGAGCUUACGGAAGCAGGGAAUUCCGUGCUUACACCAAGCGAAUUUCAUGGGUUAGCAGUGAAUUUUGGCCUCUGCACGUGGAUACUGCACGUUACUAGGCAUUCUAGGCUAACAAGGCUAGUGCAGAGAUUUGGCGCUUGCACGUAAGCAGGGAAUUGUGAUUGUAAGCGCAGAAUUCGGCGGUAAGCAGAGCAACUUCCGACUCUUGUGCACAACUGGUUAAGAGUCUUCCAAUUGGUCCAUUAAGGCUGAGUCACACUGCAAGGAUAACGAAAAGGAUAAUGAUCACAACGAAAAGAGAACGCAUUCUAUUGGUUGACAAACAGGUGCGUUUUCUGCGUGGAGCAAUUCAACCAAUAGAAUGCGUUCUCUUUGCGCCGUGAUCGUUAUCAUUUUCGAAAUCGCUGCAGUGUGACUCGGCCUUUUUGCUUCCACUUCCAAGGUUGUAAUGUAAACUUGGAUGUGAACCCAAGGUGGUCGCUAGAUUUUGUAAUGUUUCUUUAAAGAUAUAACAUUUAGUUUAAUCAUUGCACAUUGUGUAGGACUAUUGAUGAAAAAGCAUUAAACAAAGUGAUUUGCCAGAA